ACCACCGACGUUUGCGAGGAGGUCAAGCCCGCCGUCGUCCACGAGACCGUCCAGCGCUCCGAGCGUGAGGAGGUCACUGAGGCCAUUGACCGCGAGCACCACAUCCAGCACUACCAGCAGCGUGUCCAGCCCAUUGCUGACCGUCAGGUCGAGGCUGAGGUUCACAUCCAGAAUGUCGUCCCCGUCACUGAGCGCCGUGUGGAGGCCGAGAUGGCUCCUGAGGCUGCCCGUGCCCUCGAGGCGCAGCAGGCUGCUUUCCACGACGAGCGUACCGUCCUCCCUACCCAGCGCGUCCAGGUAAAUGCCGGUGCCGUCGCUACUGAGCACACCCACCACCACGUUCAGGAGGUUAUCCAGCCCGUCAUUGAGCGCGAGACCAUCCAGAACAAGGUCAUCGAGACCACCGUCCCCAUUCACGAGACCAUCCAGGAGGCUCCUGUCGUCCACAAGCCCACCGUCCAGCCCACCAUGACCAUGGAGGAGUUCAAGGCUGCUGGUGGUUCCCUCGAGGGCCGAGGUGAGGUCUGCCAGACCUUCACCGGC